AUGGUAUCGUCGUUCGUUCAAGUGCUGAUUGGCGCUCUUGCAGCUACUGGUGUUUCUGCUGUGCACCUCAAAGCACCGCUCAAUCAGACUUAUGACUAUGUCAUUGUUGGAGGAGGCACGUCAGACACCGUCCUCGUCGUCGAAUAUGGCCCGCUAAACAACGACCCACGUAUCCUUCUCCCAGCCGACACGUUGAACUUCGACCCAUCGCGUUUCUACAACUUCACUACAGUCCCCAAUGCCGGACUCAAUAAUAAUUCUCGUAACGUCUUAGUUGGCGCCUUAGUUGGUGGCGGAAGUGCCGUAAAUGGCAUGUUCUUUGACCGCGGCAGCGUAGCUGACUAUGAUGCAUGGGAGGCGCUCGGAAACAAAGGCUGGGGCUUCGAAGACCUCCUUCCAUACUUUAAGAAAUCUGUUACCUUCACGCCCCCAAGCAAAGAAGUAGCGGAGAAGUACAACUACACGUGGGACGAAGAGGCAGCGUAUGGCGGGAAUGGCGAGAUCCAAGUCUCUUUCCCACCAUUCCAGUUCCCAGGUCAGAAUCGUGUGUGGAAUGCGUGGAAGGAGAGUGGUAUCCAGAAGCCCAAGGAAGCUGCUGCGGGGAACGCGCUUGGAGCGAUUCUGGCACCUAGUGCGUUGGAUCCCGUGACGAGGACGAGGAGUUAUGCUCGGACUGCGCAUUAUGAUCAAUAUGCCCAGAGGCCGAACUAUCACCUUCUGACUGGAUAUCAAGCUACAGAGGUCUUGUUCAAGGAGGGUGGUGAGCUGGAGGCUGAGGGCUUGAACGUCGUCAAGGUGGGAAGCACUGAGAAGACGGUGGUGAAGGCGAGGAAAGAAGUCAUCAUUGCCGCAGGCGCGAUAUGGACGCCAUGGUUGCUCCAGCGCAGUGGUAUUGGUCCCAAAAGCAUCCUCGACAAGGCAGGUAUCGAAGUCAAGAAGCAUCUGCCUGGCGUAGGCGCAAACUUCCAAGACCAUCCCCUUGGAGGCAGUGUCUGGAACUGGACGAACAACCCUUACAACCCCAAAUCUUCGGAUCUGGCAACCAACCAAACAUUUUACGCUGAAGCUGAGAAAGAGUACAUCCAGUCGCGUGAAGGCCCUCUCACUUUAUCACGAGGUAACCAAGCUGGCUUCCUACCCCUCAAGACCCUCGAUCCAGAAGGCUGGCAAACGCUUGUAGAUGCCGUCGCAGCUCAAGAUCAAACUCCCUAUCUCCCAGCCGAAUAUGACGAAACGCUUAUCGCAGGUGCCAAAGCAGCACAAAAGCUCACGGCCGACCUUCUCGGACGCGAAGAUGCUGCAGCCUAUGAAGUCCUUUUCGGUGAAGGGCCUGUAGGUAGUGGCGUGUUGAUGCGCCCCUUGAGUCGCGGCACCGUAAGUAUCAAUCCGGCAGAUCUCUCAUCAGGUCCAUUGGUCGACUGGCGGACUUUCUCCAAUCCCUUGGACGUCAAAGCCCUAGCUCGUAUGGUGCCUUUCGCGCGCCGCUUUAACACCCUAUCUUCGUUCUCUGGCCUAGAUCCCGUUGAACUAACACCUGGUUUGAAUGUUACGAGUGAUGCUGCGAUUGAGCGAUACUUGCGCACUACAACGGCGCCAACCUUUGCUCAUCCGGCGGGUACUGCGUCAAUGCUUCCAAAGGAACAUGGAGGUGUGGUGGAUACGAAUCUGAAGGUCUAUGGUGUGGGGAAGUUGAGCGUGGUAGAUGCAAGUGUGAUGCCCUACCUGCCGGCGACGCAUCUCUGUACAACUGUUUAUGCUAUCGCGGAGAAGGCUGCGGAUGCCAUCAAGGCGAGGACGGGUUGGAAUGAGUAA